AUGCCGGCGUCUGUCCCUGCUACGCCGGCAACGCCUAAACCAGUGAAACCCAUUGUAAAACCGAGCAAAGACGCAGUAACUAAUGCCAAAAAGCAAAAUCAGGAUGGGAGUAAUCCAAGCACGUCCUCUAGCAACUGUAAGCCGUCGGUCCAUCGUCAGAAAGCGGCAUCGAUGCGCAUCGCCCAAGCUCUCGCAAUGUUCGACACAUUCGAUAGGAGCUAUCACAGCACCUACCGGCAGAACAUCUUGGAUAUCCAGCAUAGCCUUGUUGAACGUAUCGAUAGUCUGGUAAAUUCACUGGCGGCUUUGUCUCCUAAUAACGCGAGUUCAUCGAAUCUUGAUGAUUUUGCUCGACUAGAGCAGCGACGAGAAGCCAAUCGAUCGUUGAACGCACAUCUGGUUUGCUUGCAAAGUGCAUCAUGUGCUGCGAGGGAUAUCGCGGCUCAACAGGCUGCAGUCGCUUUCGAAGAGAUUCAAAAACAUCGACCGCAAGAGAUCAAA